CUGCCCGGGGGCGGCCGCCCGGGCACACGCGCGGGCGGAAGCGGAAGCGGCGCGGCGGCGGCGGGACGGCGGCGGGCUCUGGAGCGGGCGACCCAUAAAAAUGGGGAACACAAGCAGCGAGCGAGCUGGAUUGGAGCGUCAUGGACAUAAGGCGUCCCGAGGCGACAGCUCAGGAGGAGCAAUCAGUACAAAAGAGAGUGAUAGACCAAAAAUCUUAAUGGACAGUCCUGAAGAUGCAGACUUGUUCCAUUCGGAGGAAAUGAAGGCUCCACUGGAGAAAGAAGAAUUCCUAGCUUGGCAACAAGAUCUGGAAGUGAAUGACAAAACUCCCACUCAAGCUCGACCAACAGUCUUUCGCUGGACCGGAGGAGGGAAGGAAGUUUAUUUAUCUGGGUCCUUCAACAACUGGAGCAAAAUUCCUCUGACGAGGAGUCACAACAACUUUGUGGCAAUCCUGGACCUGCCGGAAGGAGAGCACCAGUACAAGUUCUUUGUGGAUGGGCAGUGGACGCACGAUCCUUCAGAGCCAGUAGUAACCAGCCAGCUAGGUACCGUCAACAACAUCAUACAGGUGAAGAAAACUGACUUUGAAGUAUUCGAUGCUUUGAUGGUGGAUUCCCAGAAAUGUUCAGACAUGUCUGAGUUGUCAAGUUCACCCCCAGGACCGUACCACCAGGAGCCCUAUGCUUUUAAAGCAGAGGAGCGCUUUAAAUCACCACCCAUUCUUCCCCCCCACCUGUUGCAGGUCAUCCUGAAUAAGGACACGGGCAUUUCUUGUGAUCCUGCUCUGCUCCCAGAACCCAACCAUGUCAUGUUGAACCACCUCUACGCACUUUCUAUCAAGGAUGGAGUGAUGGUGCUGAGUGCUACACAUCGUUACAAGAAGAAAUACGUGACUACUUUGCUGUACAAGCCAAUAUGAACAUCACAGUGGUUUGUGACCAAUUGUUCUGGGCCAGUGCAGUCUCAGAAAAAAAUUUGCCUUUUAACCAAAUGUACUCCUGCUCUGUGCUGUAGCAAAUGAACUCUGAUUUCACAUUGUUUCUGAGACUUCCAAGUUCUCCUAUUUUGGCCUUAUUUUCCUAGUUCCACCUUGGAAGUUCUCAGAGAUGGCAGCUUCGUGGCAACUAGACCGAUAGCAAGGGUGUCAGUGCCCAUUGUCAGCUCAGUUAAAAAAACACUGAUAUAAUUAGGCUGAAAAAUGUGAGGGCAGCAACAGAUUAAAGACUUUUAGCGGUGAGGCAGACCGUAAGAAACGAACAAGCCAGCCUGAAGUCUAGAAAGUUCAGGAUUCUUGUGGAAUCUUACUUGACCUCAACGCUCAGCAAAAGCAAGCCCACUACUGCUUUGUAACUCAUCAAACGCAAUUAUUUCAGUAGCAAGUUCCAAACUUUGAUGAUCUUUUUGUAGCGGCCUCUUAGGCAAAACUGAGCGGCACAAUCACGGACAAGCUCGUUUUUAUUUUACCGUAGACUGGGGCGCACUGUUUGCUGUCAAUAGCUCUGUGGUUUUUCUCUUUGUGAGAACGGAAAUACAUCUUUUCCCCUGUGGAAUUUCUGGUAAAGACAAUUGUUUUUAAUGGCUGGAGUUUUUCUGGAUUUACGAUUUCUAAAUCGUAAAUGCGUCUUGAAGUAAUCUGGUUUUUUAAACCGAUUUCUCUUGCUGUCGCUGAUAAGGACUUCCUUAAGCCGGGAGAGGUAGCGAUGCGUUCAGAUUAGGGAUUAGUUCUUCAGUAACAGCCUGAAGGUGGCUGUAAGUCACCUGUAUCGCAGUGGCCAAACUUGCCCCCCGGUGUAAGCGGUUGGAGCGUUCUUCUGUGCCCGGGGCUCGAGCCAGGCCUCCACUCCAGGUUGCAGCGUUGACCAUGGGUGUAGAAUCCCUGGUGCUGCCACCAGGGCCGUGGGGGCCUCUGCAACUCUUUAUUCUGUUUAUGUUUUCUAAGUGAUUAUAGUAAAGCCAGGUUGCCUGUACUUGGUACUCGCCGCCUGUUUUAUCCCAAAAACAAAUGCAACAUUAAUGCAAAACUGCCUGCCAGCGUGCCUCGGGCCUGCCCUGGAGGAACCAGCUCAGGAGGUGACGCGCCAGGCCCGUCCCGCUCUUUGCUUUUUGGCGCCUGAGCGCGCCGGUGACUGUGCCAACGAUAACCAGCCGCCGCCCGCCUCGGCGAGGAGCAUCUCGCACGAACCUGUGAGGAGUUUGAGUGGGGACAAAAGCUGCAGCAACCAGCGUUGGGUGGAACCAGCCACAGCGGAAGGGUGGUUUGCCACCCUCGGAUCUGUUCACUAGCCUCGUUGCGCUAUCCUGAGUAGCUCCGUAGAUCUGGGUAUAGUGCAAUGGUUUUCUGAAAACUCUUUCUUUGUUCUGUGCUGCGGAUAGUAUUUGGUAUUCUGGAAUACGGAAUUGCUUUUGUUUUCAGCCUCUUUAGAAACAAAUAAAACAUUUUCAAGAAAAGUG